AUGUACGCCUUCAGCCUUGCCUCAAACCGCAAGAGCGCCAUCUCCGACCCCUCAGGGUUGGCGCCACCAGCAGUCGAGCACGUGAUCAGGGCCCCGUCCGAGCUCAAAUCCCAUCAGCGUGUGCCGCAGCCGUCGAAUGAGGCCGACGACGAUGAUGACGUGAUGCAAGUGUCCAACGCACACUUUGGCUGGCACCCCGCGCAUGAGCACGUGCCGACCUCGUCUCUCUACGUUGUUCACCCACCAGCCGAGCAGCUCGUGCAUGUACAUAAUUUGAACUCCUAUAUGGGCCUUCGCGACGCCGCGGACUGGUCUGUCGAGGUGCAGCGGGAGAGGGAGCAGAAAAAGCGGCGAGCGCUCGCCCAGCACGAGGCCGUCAAGCUCGAGGAGCAGCGGCACCGUGACGCGCAGGAAGAGCAGACAAAGAAAGAAAUGCGGCAGCGCCGGUUGGAGCGGCAGCAGCAGCGCGCGGAGCUGCGUGAGGCGGAUGUGAUGGCCAACUUUCAGGACCGCAAUACGCAGUUUCUGCAGAGCCAACUUUGGCUCAUGCAGCUGGGGAGCUACGUCAAGCAGAGGGAUGCGCAGCACAAGGCGCAUGCAUACGAGGCGCUUCACAAGACCGCCUCCAGUCGCAACCAUCUGGACGUUGGUCACACGAGCACGACCAGCUGGACCGGCACCAACGUCAGGGGUCACCACGCCUCCGCGCCGUCCACCGAGAUUGGCCUGCGCGAAGCAGCGGAGGCCACCGAAGAGGCGUACGUCCGCCUCAGCCUUGCGUACCGCAACGAGGCGCAGCGCUCGCGUGCCGCCGCGGCGAUUCUCAAUCCUGGCGAGCGCACCGGCAAGGGACGCUCUCGGCCACCGGCGACACGCUCCGCCGGCGCCUUAGCAUCGUCCACUUCACCGUCACAAGCCGCCACCGCUGUCAGUGCGCCGUCGCACAGCCCGGCAACGUCGCCUGCGCCAACCCCGGUGACGGAGGCCGCCGCGAAAGUCUCGGCGCCCUUCCACACAGCGCCGCCCAUGUUCACCCACACAUCGACUGAGAACAUGGGCCAGCACGCGAACGCCAUCCCGUACACGUACAUCCCCGAGUACUUCGACGCCCCUUCCGCCCCCGCAGCAGCCACCGGGAAAGUGCCUGCCCCGCGCCGCACUCGCGAGCCUCCGGAACAGCAAGAGACGGGCGCUGUGAUGCCCCUCCCCCUGUCCCCAGCGCCUGUCGGUCGCGACGUCACCGGCGCACUGCAGGCGAGGUAUUACCCGUGGGCCCUCUACAGCACCGCUGCGGUGCGCGAAUCGAUGCUCCCACCACUGCCGCCGCCGCGAGAGGCGUCGCUGCCGGUCCGCCGGUGGGGCGCAGCGGAGCUGCGCGAUUCGAUGUUCGGUCACUGCAUUCUGGAAGAUGGCACGAUCCAGGACCAGUGCGAGCGCAAGAAGGUGUGUGCAGCGCACCUGAGCUACACCACAUUGCCACGCGACAACGCCACGGCGACGUCGAACGCCCCCGUAGAGCCGCAGGAGCCGCUGCACUUCGGCAAACGGAUGGAUAUAUGGCUGUGA